AUGCCAGAAGUUGUCUCCCUUCCUAUCUAUGAAGAUGAAGAUUGUAAUGAUUACUUGAGUCCCUCAUCGAGACAAGUUCUACGAAUUGCUAUCAAUCUAAAAACUUUAAUAGAUAAGUUGAUACCCACUACUAUUUCCAGUGAAUCCAUAAUCGGUGAAGACUCUAUCAUUCUCAACGACUAUGCCAUUAAUGCUGUUUAUAUGGCAGCAGGGGGAGAAGGGAGUGGCAAAGGAUCUUCUGCCAAAAGAUACCAAGCAGCAUUGAUAUUCUGUUUAUUGAAAGUGGCCGGAUGGUACGGAUCUCUCAUGGAAAAUGAACUCAGUAACAACGAUUUAUACUCUGCACGAAUGAUUGCUGCUGAGAAAAUAGCUUCCAUCUUAAUUGAUAGGGAGACUGACGAUAAAUAUCUCUUUCUUUCCAUGUUAUGCCAUCGCUACUCGAUCAAUCUUAAUGAUGAAGAUGCAGAUCCCGAAAAUGCUCUUGAGUUGGCCGUUGAUAUGCAUUCCACUACUAUCAUUGGCUCGUCUGGGUACCAGAGAUGCAUUAAGUGGCUUUGGAGGGGAUGGAUAGUCCAAUCAAAUCACGACCCAACGGAAUACGUUCUCUUCAGAGGUAUUUCCAGGGACGGAAUGGCCUAUCAUUUUGAUCCGGGAAGAAUCAAGACUCCUUUAUACCAAAAUAUCUUGGAGAUUUUCUUCUCUCUUCUUUAUCUUUUUGUUUUCACUAUCAUUGUUAAUACUGAUACAGAUGCACUCCAUCUGAACUUCUGGGAAGUUGUCUAUUAUUUGUUCACCAUCGCAUUUGUUUUGGAUGAGCUGACAAAGUUCUCUCAUAUUGGUCUUAAUUAUAUUCAGUUUUCCAAUGCUUUCAACGAUUCCAUGUAUGCUCUAGUUUUGGGUUCCCUGGUUAUCAGGCUCGCCGGAAUUUAUGCGAAAACUCCCGAAAGUAAUGAGAAACUCAACAUCAUGUCAUACAGAAUCCUCUCUCUUGCUGCUCCCUUCAUGUGGACCAGAUUGCUACUUUUCUUGGACGUUUAUCAAUUCGUUGGUAAUAUGAUCGUUGUUAUAAAAAAAAUGAUGAAAGAAUCUAUAAUAUUCUUUGUUAUGUUAACGUUCAUUCUGAUUGGCUUCUUGCAAGCCUUUUUAGGUUUGGACCAGGCUGACGGAAAGAGAGAAUUGACCAAAAUCGUAAUACAGUCUUUACUUCGGACAAUUUUAUCCGGACCCAACUUUGAUACUAUAAGCAGAUUUGCUUCUCCUUACGGCAGUAUACUUUAUUAUGCAUUUGCCAUCAUUGUCAUUCUUAUUCUUCUUAACAUUUUGAUUGCCUUGUACGCUCAGGCGUAUAGCGACGUUGUUGAAAAUGCUACCGACGAAUAUCUGGCUCAGUACUCUUCCAAAAUCUUGAAAUAUAUUCGUGCUCCUGAUGCCAAGAUAUUCUGUCCUCCUUUGAACCUAGUUGAAAUUGUGUUUUUGGAAAUUCCAUUAAGUUGGUGGGUCCGUAAGACUGUCUAUGACGAGAUCUGUGAUAAGGUGAUGAUUAUUUUAUAUGCUCCAGUAUUGGCCUAUAUUUCCAGUUACGAGUCUAAAGAAGCUCAAAGAGUUGUCUAUAAUCGAAGCAUGCGUGUUGCGGACGAUGCCAAUGAAAUUGAUACAGAAUGGAACUUGGCUGAUGGCUUUGACACAGAUGAAGAUCAUAGUGCCAGAGUUAACGACUCCAUUAUCCGCCAGCGGCGAGCCGAGCAGGAGGAUCCGUUGUUCAGCAAGAACUUUGACGUCUGGAAGAAGUCACUUGAGAAUCUUACUCCCCCUAUUCAAAGGAGUAAGGAUGUAUGCGUUCCUUGGAAAGAAUAUAAGAUUUACGAUAAGCUUGACAAAUUGGGGAAGAUGGUGGAAAGUUUGGUGAAUGAGAACAAAGAGCUUGUCAAGAGAAUUGACAAAAUGUCUGUUAAAUAG